AACCGAAAUGAAACGUUCGGAGUCGAAGUUCUUGACUGACAAAAACCGAUAUGAUGAAUGAAGUGAGGAGAAUGAGUAUCAACUCCUGUUUCAUUUCAUUUUCUGAUUUUAUUGAUAUUAAUCAUUGUCAUGCUUGAUUAUUAAUUUCAUUUUUAUUUCGUGACAGUGUGAAUUCUAAUUACGUCGUUUUAAUUUUUCUCCCAUCUUUCAAGGGAGUAUUGAAACUCGUUAAUUUGUGUUAAAGUGAAAAGCACAUAGGCAGGCACCUAAUUCGCUGUAAGAAUGGACAUAAUCGAAAGUUUUUAACUCUUUUGCGUAAAGUUUUUCAUUGAAUUAGUGUGAUUGUUAUUAUUAGUGUUCGAGUAAUUUAAUUGUUCUCUUUCAAGUAUGUAAAUGUCAAUGGAACUGCCUUCAAUUGCUGUGAUGCCAUUUACGUAGUACUAAUAGUACCACAUACUUUAGUGAAUUGUCAAUCGUGGGAAAACAUUUGGAUCCUCGUCCGUUUUCUUCGUAAAUAUAAAUUAUCUAACAAUGGGUCGAUUUUCCGGGAAGCGAUGCCGAUUGAUAUCGAUGUUCUGGCUAACCACAAUAUUCUUCUUCGUGGAGAUUUUAUUCGGAUACAUUACAAACUCUAUGGCAUUAGUAGCUGACAGCUUUCAUAUGCUGAGCGAUGUGGCGGCAUUGGUAGUGGCUUUCAUGUCAAUCAAGAUGUCGCCGAAAAAAUGGUCCAAAAAUACCUUUGGAUGGGCGAGAGCCGAGGUUCUUGGAGCUUUAGUAAAUGCUGUAUUUCUAGUAGCGCUGUGUUUUUCAAUCACCGUUGAAGCUUGUAAACGGUUUAUUGAAGUAGAAGAUAUUCAUAAACCUGAAUUAAUUGUCGCUGUCGGAGUGUUAGGAUUGCUCGUAAAUGUCAUUGGAUUGUUUUUAUUCCACGAUCACGGCGGACACGGUCAUUCGCACAGUGGAAUGUCGCACAGCAAUCAUUCAAGACUAACGCAAUUAGUUUCAGCCGGCGCCAGUGCUACAGCUACAGACGAUAAUGAAAACGAUGAAAGAUUCCAACCACCGCAACAUUAUCACCAACAUAACCAUGUUCACGAUCAAAAAGGCGAAUCUUCGCAACAAAUGAACAUGAGAGGAGUAUUUCUCCAUGUCUUAGCCGAUGCCCUAGGCUCAGUUAUAGUUAUAAUUUCUGCUACGAUUGUUUGGAAAACCGAUUGGGAGUACAAAUAUUACAUAGAUCCAACGCUGAGUUUAUUAAUGGUUAUGAUAAUCCUUCGAUCUGUCUGGCCACUGCUGCAAGAAUCAGCGUUAAUUUUAUUACAAACAGUUCCUACGCAUAUUCAAGUAGAUGAAAUUCAACGUCGACUUUUAGAAAAUGUCGACGGUGUCUUGGCGGUACAUGAGUUCCACGUAUGGCAAUUGGCCGGCGACAGAAUCAUUGCAUCUGCUCAUAUAAGAUGUAGAAAUUUAUCCGAAUAUAUGAAAUUGGCGGAAAAAGUCAAAGAAUUUUUCCAUAAUGAAGGAAUUCAUUCUACCACCAUACAGCCAGAAUUCGUUGAAAUCGGAGACUUUUCUGAAAACACAAAAAAAGAAACACCAAAUCAAGACUGCGUAUUGGAUUGUCCUAAAACUGACAAACCGUGCACUCUAUCGACGUGUUGUGGACCAUCUAAGAAGGGUCGAGAUACACCUUCUCCUGUCGAAACGCCAUACCUCUGUCGUCAACGCAACAAUAUAAACGCUACUCAGGCAGCUCGCGAUCAAACGUCAGAAAUCAUAGAACGCGGUGCGUUAUUAGCUUGUUCUAAUCACAUUCACGAAAAUUCUCUUCCGUCUGCUCCUUCAAAGGAGUCGUGUGUUUGACAUACUAUUUGAUAGAAACGACUAAGUAUUUUAUUUAUACGUGUAUUAUAAUUUAUUUUAAUUUUAACGAAUUACAUCUAUGUCUAUCUACAAUUAACCAUCAUCGACAAUGGUAAAAGUCGCCAUGUAUCAUAGAAAAAACGAUUGGUUGUGCUACAAAUUAGCGUCGCGUCGAGGCGUCGGAAUCUUACCUUGUCUUGGAUUUAUUACAAGAAGAAAAAAUAAUAAAAAUUUAUAUCAUUUUUGAAAACACUUUCAGUGAUAUCUCUAGAUAUUGUAUUUCUUUUAAAUAAUUUAUGAAUGGUGGUGAUAAUUGAACAAUUGACCCCUAAUGUGCUUUACUUUCUGACAUACAUAUUUAUUUUUUGUUUUUAUUUUAAGGAAUGACUGAUAACAUGUGGAAAACUGUGAAUGAUAUCACUUAUUACGGCAAUACGUCUUAAAUGGAGUUUAGUUUACUUGUAAAUGGGUCUUAGCACUGGAGUAUUGAUAGGUAAAAAUAGUAUAAUUUAUUUUAAUGACCAAAAAUUUGCAUUUUUUAUUUUUCUGAUUUUUAUUUUUAUAUGUAUGAUUUUGAUAAGGGUAUUUUUAUGCGUACUACAUAUACAUUUUUUGAAGUGUACUGCAAUUUUCAAUGUUCGAGUAUUUGAAUAGAUUUUGAAAUAUGAUACCUAAGUUAUCGAAAAUGUCACAUUUUUAAAACCAACAAUCCUCUUAUGACGACGAUGAAAUUUUAUCGAUCGAAAUUUCCAAUGUAUAACUAUAGUUUUUUAUUUCAUUUUUUUUUUCAACGAGCAGGUUCGAUAAAAACAAAAAAAACUCGAGAAAGAAUUUAUCGCAAAAAGAUUCUUUUGUAUUUGAAAUUCUACAAACUACCUAUACUAUACUAUACUAUACCGAUUGUGAUAAGAUAUGAAAUGAGAACGCGUGUCAGCUAAAUAAUUUCAACGCGCAGUUCAAUGUCGCCCUAUUUACUUAAUUUCAUUUCAUCAUGGUGAAAUUAUCCUAGUACGUAUUGUGUUUAGAUAUUUUACUUUUGUUUUAAGAUUUUUGAUAUUUUGUUUACAGCGUAAUUCGAAACAACCUGUUCAGCUUAUGCUUGAAUUGUUCAAUGAUUUUAUGACAUUAGGUUGUAAUAUGAUUGAUGUGUAUUCUUGUUUUUCGAUCCUCAAUGUAGUUUUUAAAAGUCGAAGUAUUUGUUUUUUUUUGUUGAUUCAAACGACACGUGUACUUAAAUGAUGUUUUUUAUUGUU